UUGUAGCUAACAUCAAGGGGGUGCAGGAGGGGAGAACAUUCUGAGAACCAGAUAAAGGGCAAGUCCUGAGCCAGGACACGCUGACGAGGACAGGCAAAGAAAGCCAGUAGCCACUGGCCAGGGUCCUAUUGCUUUUUCAGCCAUGUCACUUGGACACUCCUUCUUCUCUCUGCAGGUACCAGUGGUGAAACAGCAAUCAGUGAGACUCAGCUCAGAGCUGUGGCUGGCAGAGGCACAUCUUAAGACUUCCCUGACUGCUUCCUCCUCUUCCUCUUCCUCUUCUUCUUCCUCUUCCUCUCUCCACUCUCCCUCUUUCUGGCCAGCCCCCAAGCCCCAGCUGAGCUGUCCAGAGCAUCAUGGCCAACAGGAGCCCCAGUAUCCGGAUUGGAGAUGAUGCACCAGGCUACGACCUGGACUGCUUUAGCAUCCCGAAGAAUUACACGCAAGAUCUGGAAAAGGUGUUCAUCCCUCAUGGGCUCAUCAUGGACAGGAUUGAGAGGCUGGCCGGCGACGUGCUCCAGGACAUGGGAGGCCAGCACAUCGUGGCCCUCUGUGUCCUCAAGGGGGCCUAUAAGUUCUUAGCUGGCAAUGUUCUAUAUGAGUACAUGUGGUCCUUUUACCAUAAAACAAAAGCUUAG